UACAACAAAAUUUACGCAAAAAAUCGAAAGUAAAAAAAGCAAAAAAAAAACAACGUAAAAAACAACAACGAAAUAAACGCAGCGACGACAAGCCAGUCAAUUAAUUGUCAGAAAAUAACUAAAACCAAAAAAACAAGAACGUUUUAGCUGCAGUGCAACAAAAGUAACAACAAUGCGCCCAACCGUAUUGUCGACUGCGAACGCCAACGCGGCGGCGGGUGUUGGCGGUGGCGGCGGCGGUGUUGCCGGCAACACCAACAGCAACGGCGUCAACAUACCCAUACACCAUGACUACGGCAACGUCGCCGGCAGCGGUGGUGCACACCCGCAAGCCGCCGGCUACUACGCGGACGCCAAUGCCGGUGCCUACGGUUCACCGCGUCAGCAGCAGCAACAAUCGCCACAACAGCAGUCCUACCAUCAUCAGCCUCAAGCGGCGCAACAACAACAGCAUCCACACCAGCAAAUGCCGCAACACUUUCAGCAGGGCUUUGGUUUCGAACCGGACAUGGACAUGGAUAUGGAUAUGGACAUGUUUCCACGCAGUCGCUUGGGCCGCAUGCACGACCCGUUCAGUGGCUUCAACAACUCACAUUUUGGUUUUCCCCAAUUUAACUCGCUUGGUCGUCGUCGUGCUGCCGAUCACAUGGGCCGUGAUGAUGACUUCUUUAAUCGCCUGCCUUCGGAAUUUCGUCAAUAUAUACCGGACGGUUUUGGUCAUAGACGUGACGAAAGCGCCACAUUGCCACGCCGACACAGCUCUCAGCAUUCACAACAAGUGCCAGUACAGGGUGGCGGACCCGCCUACUAUCAAUCAUACGUACCUUCUUCACCACCUAAUGGCGUUGGCGUACCACAGUCGCCAUCGAAGAAACUCUGCGACGCCGCCAUACAAACUGAAGAUCCCACUGUUCGCAUGGAUGGCGAUCAGGUGGACAGCGCUGCACCACAAGCUUAUGCUGAUAAUCUACAACAACAUGGGCUACGUAACACAGUAGAUAUGGGUGUGAAGUCAGCUCUGGAGUCGGAACAAGGUAUACGUGCGCAUUCAGCACCACCACAAGAACAACAACAGCAACAGGUGCCAGUGAAUGGUAAGCGCCAGACCCCGCCACCACAGGCCGGACACUCACAAUUCGGCACACAGACUAGUCCACAUGUGCAGACUGGCGCCAAUGCCGGUCAGCAACCGCAGUACCAUAAGGCCUAUUACCCGCCACAACAACAACCGCAUCCGCAGCAACGACAACAGACACCACCACCGCCACAAACCCCGGGUGGCAGCUAUGUGCGCACUAUACCGAUCUUUGUGGAGGGUCGUUCUGAACCGAUCAUUAACGCACACAAGGAAAUACCAAAUCAAAAUAGUGCGCCCGGUCACGCACAGGCUACAGCUAGUGCAUCAGCUCGAGCAUUUGUGCCACCACAACAACAGCAGCAACAGUACCAACCACAAGCACAGCAACAACAACAGCCGCAACACCGUCCAACUCCAAUAAAUACUCAGCAGCAGCCGCCUCAACAGGGGGCAGCCGCAGGUGGAAUGCCACCACAAACUCCACAUACGCUAGACUCAAUCAGCAAAAUCCAAGACAUUCAACGCGAUGUCCUCGAUCUCAUGGCGAAAGUGGAGAAUUUCAAGGGCACGCGUCAAGACAAAGAGUACGUCUAUCUUGACGAGAUGUUGACACGUAACCUACUUAAGUUGGACACAAUCGAUACAAACGGCAAGGACAGCAUACGUCUAGCGCGUAAGGAGGCCAUUAAAUGCAUACAGGCAUCCAUCAAUGUGCUCGAAGCGAAAGCAAACGAGAACACUAAAGCUGCACAACAGGCUACAGAAGAUGGCGAAGCCGCUGAGCAGUCCGUGUCAAGCGGUGCCGCUGAACCAAUGCAGACCGAAGAGGCUGCGACACGCAAGAGCGCUUCAAAAGAGAAAGUUGCAGAGGUCGCUACUGAAGCUGCAGAGGCGCCUGCGGCUGAGCCCGAACCAGCUGAUGCAAAGCAAAUUCAAGCGCCCAUACCAUUGCCACCGCCAGAAGGCAUGCAAGUCGAACAGUCAGCAAGCGCUAGUGAUGUGAAGAGUGCGGAUGCUGCAGAGGCGAGCAGCAAGGAAGCAGUGGCCAGUGGCGAUGUCCCAGCUGCGGAAGCCGCCGCAACCGAAGUGUCGUCGAAGGCUGAGGCGGAGUCGAGCAAAUGAUGAUUGCAACAGCGCAGCUCAUCAGGCGCCGUGAGCUCCUCUUCCUACUCAGCCUCAUUUUCAAAGCGUUUACAUAGCAUCACCAAACGAAAGUCCUAAAAAACUUAGUUUCAUACAUCUAAAUAAAUGUAAAAUUCGUUGUGUUAGAAAUUUAACGAAAAUUUAAGAAAAAAAUAUAUACUUAUAUACGUUUUUAUUUUAUGCCACAAAUUAUUUUAGAAAAUGUUGAAAGGAAUGCUGCGCAGUGCUUUAGGCAAAAACAAAAUAUGUUUCGUAAGUUUAAGUGAGAUGUUUAUCGAGCGCUAGUAUACCACACCAGUCCUGCUUCGGAGCCGAAGCGAUCAACUCGGCAGGCACUGCGUUCAUUGGACGAAAAGUAAUAAUAAUAAAUAAGAAUAAAAAUAUUUAAAAUAUA